AUGAACGAAACAGUGAACGGAGGAGGCGCGCCAUUGGAAAAGGAUUUCAGCCAGAAUGGCAAUCCAUACAAUCUAGGUCAUACUCAUCUGGACUCAGGUCACGACUCCGAUGCUGCGCUCAGGAAGAUCAGGACCGCCGGGAGUAUCUCAAUUUCGCCGGAACUGUUUGAGAAGAUUUAUUUGUCGCCUCAGAACAAGGUCCACGGCGAUCUGCGAAGAACAGUCGGUAACCCAACACCAUUGGCACUCAUCGGUUUCUUGAUUUCGUUGACGCCAUUGAGUAUGGAUCUCAUGGGGUGGAGAGGCGCAGGUGGCAGUGGAGCGGCUGGACUCGGAACGUACUUCUUCUUUGGCGGUCUAUUAAUGACACUGGGAGCUCUGGGUGAAUGGAUCAUCGGCAACACAUUCCCAUUCGUUGUUUUCGGCUCAUUCGGUGCUUUCUGGUUAGGCUGGGCUGCAACCCUUCAACCUUUCUACAAUGCGUACGGCGCAUACUCUACUACUGACAAUCCCGCGGACGGUCUCGCCACAACUGGAUUCCGAUCUAGCUUUGCAUUCUUCUUCGUAGCUAUGGGCAUUAUGUGUUUCGUCUACCUCAUCUGCUCCCUGCGCACCAACGUCUGCUUCUUCAUGAUCUUCCUGACUCUCGUCUUCGCCUUCUCCAUGCUCGCUGGCACGUACUGGCAACUCAACAAUGGCAACACUGCGCUCGCAGGACGUCUCCAGAUCGCGGCCGGUGCAUUCGCGUUUUGUACAUGUAUCUUCGGUUGGUGGAUUUUCAUCGCAAUUAUGUUAGCGGCGGUUGAUUUCCCGCUCAGUCUACCUGUGGGCGAUCUUUCUGGCAUUGUCAAGGGAGCUAGUGAAAAGGCGAAGGAUAGCGUCUAA